CGAUCACGAAGCCGCGCGCCCGCGCCGCGCACCUUCGUACUAUGUUGACAUGGAAGCGACAUCUUGGAAUGGUCUUACUUCGUGAACACGCAUUAAGGCACAGACUACUUAACCUGUUUUGGUUAUACGGAGGGGAAAAAGAAAAAGGAGAAAAUCAUUCGUCGGGAAACUAUUGAUUAAAAGUUGCCAGGAAACCGUUAAUUCUCACCGGAUACGAUGAAGCGCCUCGACAGACCGAUCAAUAUCAACGCCAUGACUCGGAAGGUUGACGUCGACCAACGGCUUUCCCUUCGUUAUUACUAUAGGAUCGCAGACAAUCUUCUCAAACAGGCCAGUAUCUAUCGGGAGGAAAAGAAUAUUAUAGAUUUGUACAUUAUACUUGUCAGAUUUUCAAGCUUGGUGUCUGAAACUAUACCAUUCCACCGAGAUUACCAAGCAUUGCUUCCAAAAGAAAAGUCUGUUUACAAGAGGAAACUCUUGGGUAUUUUGGAGGAGUUGGAAUCUCUGAAGCCUGAUUUCAAACGCCAACUUAACGAAUUGAACAAAGUUCAUACUGUGGCUCAACUUGAUGGUCCGGAAUGUAACUCAUAUGGAUCAACUGCUUCAAUGGAAUGGUCCUCCACUAAGAAGCCAGCAUCUUUGAACUUUGAUACUAAACAGCUGUACCCAGCUAGCAGGAAUUCAUCACUGUCUUCAUGGAAACUUAACCAUGAGCUGGCUCAAAUUGCAUCAUCAAAACCCUUGCAAAUUGUUGACAAGCAGUUUCAGAAGCUGUCUUUCAACCUUCCUCUUCCAAAGGAGGAAACAUUGUCCAGACAUUCAAUUUUAGGUCCAAAUGGUCUCAGGGGUCAGUGGCUUGGACCUAGCAUGGGGAUAAAGGUUAAUUAUCCAAGCAAUGCUGAAAUAACUCCAGCUGUAAAAUCAGGCUUGAAUCAAGGUGGACAAUAUGAUCUCGUGGUAAAAGAAAGUGAUCCAGGAGCUAGAAGUACAAUUGAGGCAGUACUCUCUUUGGAUGAUGGUAGAUGGUUACAGCCCCAUGAGGAGCCACAUUCUUCAUUGAAUGAUGAUAUAACAGAAGAUCCUUUUCAGUUAAGUAAUAUCAGGCAACCUUCUCCUCCUCCUGUUCUUGCCCAUGUGCAGCAGGACUUCCUUCCAAUCCCUCCUUCAAAGGUUGCUGAUCCAAGACCUGGACCUGCAAAACCUUUACAGGAUGAGAAGGAUGGGAUAUCCAACUCUAAUUCUUAUCAACACCUACACAUUCCAGUAAAAAUGAUGGAGGAUUUUUUGAGAUUGGCACAGAUAAAUACAGCAAAAAACUUGGAAACAUGUGGUGUUCUUGCUGGUUCUCUUAAAAACAGGGUUUUCCACAUUACAACGCUAAUAAUUCCAAAACAAGAGUCAACUUCAGAUUCGUGUCAGACGAUGAACGAAGAAGAAAUUUUCGAUGUUCAAGACAAGCUCUCCCUUUUCCCUCUUGGAUGGAUUCAUACACAUCCAUCACAGACAUGCUUCAUGUCAUCAGUUGAUCUUCACACUCAUUACUCAUACCAGAUAAUGUUACCAGAGGCAAUUGCAAUUGUUAUGGCCCCGAAAGAUACAUCCAGCAAGUAAACUGUGCUUUUGCUAAAUUGCUCAACUUCUGUAUACCAUGCGUCUGCUUGAUGUUUAGGUUCCAUAAAUCGCAUUUCUAAUUCUAGCUUUCUUAUGAUUGAAAUGAAGAUGGUUAAUCCCACAUUAGAUGUACACUGAUAUUGGAUUGUAGGUGUGAACUGAUGAAUAAAUUGCAGAAUGUUAUUUUUUUUUUCUGAAAAUACUAAAUAGGUGUCCACAUGGCUUGCCUACUAAGUCUAAAUAUUCACUAUUCAGAUAGGGGUGCAAAUUAGGUACCCUAUCUGAAGAAUUUACUCUUCAUUGGACCUUCAGUCUGCUCCCUCAAAAAUUUAACAAAUUUUAAACCCAGGUUUGUCCAAUUUGCAUUCCCUAGUUCAGAUGAUCCCUUCUAUCAAAAGAACCCUCUUGCAAUUCUCAUAAAAAAACGUAAGGUUGGGAGACAACUAGACUCUUGGGCAUCUGCCAUUGUAACAGAAAUUGAGGCUUCAUGGAUAUCUCCUCUUGGGAGAGAAAGGUGGGUGAAGUAGUGGAUUCUCUUGUCAAGGGAGACGAAGGUUCCAUAUAGGGGUGCAACUUGGGUUAGCCUGAGUUAACAUUUUACACUGCUUUGGUUUCAGGGUUCAGGCUGGGACUAUUCAAGUUUUGACAAAAGCCCAACCCUAGCCCAGCCAAGUUGCACCCCUAGUUCCCAAGAAAGGGGUUGUAUAGAAAUAACUCAAAUGUAUCAGAACCCAUGUUUUUGCUUUUCUUUAAGCCUUUUCUCAUCAUCAUCUGAUAUAUCCCAUUAGGACUGUAUCCAGUCCACCCCUCCCAAGACACCAGAUAGCUAGGAUCAACACUGGGUAAUGGCCUUUUUAAUGUGGGGCUGGGCAGGAAUCCUGUUCUAACAUAUUCAUGGUUGGUAAUAGGUUGGCCUAGAUGAUCUUUUUAGAACCAGUAAUAAAUCACACCGCUACAGAUUGUAAUGAGCAGAGAGAGUUCAUUAAUCAUUCAUCCUGUAGAUGUGGGGUGGAGAGCAAAUUGGCUGAUGUGCCAAGGACAAUAGCUGAAAUAGGUGUGGACCAGAAGAGUUCUGACAUAUGGAUGGAUAACCCAACACAACCACUAUCUCUUACUGAAGUAAGCCCUACCCUUUGAUUCCACAAUCCGUGGGGGACGUCGAUCCCAUAGACGUAUCCACAACUUCGAUAGGCAGUGAUUCCUAGGCAAUAGCAAGUGAAUCGUCGAGUAGGGGGUUCUAGAUUUGAGUUGGUUCCACACUAUAGGCAGGAAGGCAAGUGGUCUAAAAUGGCCUUUGGCAUUCAUUUUGACCACUUUUCCUCCCUACCCAUUGUUUUAUUUAGGGUUAUCUUAGCUUGAUGGAUUUCUGAUUAUUGACAAUAAGAGAGCCAAUGUAAAAUUUGGAUAUCAAUUACUGUAACAAGGCACACAUAUAACAUGUACAGCAACUUGCAAAUAAUGAAGUUAUUUCUUUCCAUUGUACUGUUGUGGUUACUCCAUUAUGGUACAAUCUCAGGUUGUAACCAAUGUAAAUAUUGCCCUUACAUUCAGACAAUCCAGAGGGUCAAUUAUGAGGCAAAGCCAAUCGUUGGAAUGGCAUGCCAAGCCUAAUGAGAUUGUAAUCAAUGUAAGGGUUGCCCAUACAUUAGGACAUUCUGGAGAAUCAAUUACAUGACAAUGCCAGUCCUUGAAGUUACACAUUGACCCCAAUAUAAUUCUUCCUAGCAUGGUAGAAUCUUAAUGUGGAAAUUAUGAGCUCAACAGUUGUGACUUACUUGUCAAAGGGUCAACCUUUUGCCCUCAUAUUUCUUCACAAAGGAAUUGUAAUUCAUAAGUAUUACUAUUAGUGGGUUUUGCAUGUAUCUUGGCAGGGAGAUACCUAUACUAUUUACCAAUGUUUUAAGUGUGGACAUGAUGUUAGGUGUUCCACUAUCCUGUGGCAUGAGGUGUAAACCAGAAAAGCAAGAGGCAUAAUCCUCCUGGGCAUAUUUUUUUAAUUAAUAAUUAAUUAAAAUAAAAUAUUAAAAAAAAGAAAAAUCAGGAAAAAUAUAUAGUUGCAGUUUUAAUAAUAAAUCCAUCAUAUUCAAAUACAAAUCAAUAACUUAGCAAACACAAAAGGACUCAAGCUCAACCACAGGACUCUAAAUCAGCAUUGUCAACUAGGAUAAAAAUACCAUCAUCAGCCUCAAUAUUUGCAUCUGCAACAUAUGGUUAUAUCUUCCUACUCAUCAGUUUCUUGUCUUUUGAGAUUUGAGAAUGAGGGAAUGGGGAUGAUCAACCAUUCAUGCUUUUUCCUGUAAUAUUUAAUGAUAACUUGUAAUUGGAACAUUAUAAAAUAGUGUACACCAUCUUUAUAUUGCUCUUUUAAAAAUUAUUACGUUGAAAGGGUGACAACCAUGAGGCACAUGCCUAAAGUAUAAGGUGCAGAAGAAGUGUAUGCCAUGUACAAUGCAUACACUUUUCUACAUUGUAUGCCUCGUGUAUUCUUGUCUGAAUGCUACACUUCUGGUAGUUUUUUUAAUCUUCAUGGGAUGGUGCACCGAUAUGCAUGUCUCCCACACCUUAUAAAAACUGAUUCAUACAAGCUUUUUGUAACUUGCCUGUCUUGGUUUCAAUAAAAAAUUUCAGAUUUGUUAACAAUAAAAUAUUUAAUCCAGAUAAAUUUUAAACAUGUGCUAUAAUAUGUUA